AACUCCAUGUCAACCGUGGGCGUGAACCCUGGCUGUGCUGUCUCCCACUCUCUCUCCCUCCCUCUCCCGAGCCCACUGUACGUGACGUCAAACCAGCAUGGCGGUCAAGGUGCAAUCUACCAAACGUGGAGAUCCAAGUGAGCUCAAAACAAUCUUCCAGAAGUAUGCCAGCGAAGUGGACAAGGAUGGAGACAGGUUCAUGACCCCAGCGGACUUUGUCCAGAAGUAUCUCGGCCUGCAGACACAGAUUCACCACAACCCCAAAACCGUACAGCUGCUGGCCGCUGUGGCUGACACGACGAAGGACGGGCUGAUCUCAUUCCAGGAGUUUCUGGCUUUUGAGUCUGUGUUGUGUGCACCUGACGCGCUCUUCAUUGUUGCCUUCCAGCUAUUUGACAAGACUGGAACUGGAGACAUUUCCUUUGAGAAUGUGCGAGAUAUUUUCAGCCAGACCACAGUGCAUCAUCACAUUCCCUUCAACUGGGACUGUGAAUUCAUCCAUCUGCAUUUUGGGCGUGACCGCAAGAAACGUCUCAACUACCUCGAGUUCACCCAGUUCCUACAGGAGCUGCAGUUGGAACAUGCACGGCAGGCUUUUGCCCAGAAGGACAAAGGCAAGAAUGGCGUCAUCUCUGCCUUGGACUUCAGUGACAUUAUGGCCACAAUUAGGCACCACAUGCUCACCCCCUUUGUGGAGGAGAACCUUGUCUCAGCAGCGGGAGGCAGCACCUCUCACUUAGUCAGCUUCUCUUACUUCAACGCCUUUAACUCCCUGCUUAACAACAUGGAACUGAUACGAAAGAUCUACAGCACACUGGCUGGCUCAUGGAAUGACACACUGGUCACAAAAGAGGAGUUUGUUCAUGCAGCGAACAAGUUUGGUCAAAUCACGCCAAUGGAAAUCGACAUCCUCUACCAGUUAUCAGGACUGCACUCCCCCUCAGGGCGCCUGAACCUGGCUGACAUUGAGAGAAUAGCGCCAUUAGAAGAGGGCAGUCUUCCUUAUAACCUGGCUGAAACCCAAAAACAGACUCAUGGGGACAGCUCUAGGCCCGUGUGGCUUCAGGUUGCAGAAUCUGCAUAUAGGUUCACUUUGGGCUCCAUUGCUGGAGCCACGGGAGCGACAGCUGUGUACCCAAUCGACUUGGUUAAGACCCGAAUGCAGAACCAGAGGUCCACGGGUUCUUUUGUGGGAGAGCUGAUGUACAAGAACAGCUUUGACUGUGCUAAGAAGGUGCUUCGCUAUGAAGGAUUCUUUGGCUUCUACAGAGGUCUGGUUCCUCAACUUAUUGGUGUGGCACCUGAGAAGGCUAUCAAACUCACUGUGAAUGACUUUGUACGAGACAAGUUCACGGACAAAGACAAUUCUAUUCCUUUGGCUGCAGAGAUCCUGGCUGGUGGCUGUGCUGGAGGUUCCCAGGUGAUUUUUACCAACCCUCUCGAGAUAGUCAAGAUUCGCCUGCAGGUGGCAGGCGAGAUCACUACAGGACCUCGAGUUAGCGCACUCAGUGUGGUGCGAGACUUGGGCUUCUUUGGACUCUACAAGGGAGCAAAGGCGUGUUUCCUGAGAGACAUUCCCUUCUCCGCCAUCUAUUUCCCCGCCUACGCCCACCUUAAGUCCAUGAUGGCUGACGAGCAAGGUCGGCUCGGCCCCUUGCAGCUUCUCACUGCUGGAGCCAUUGCAGGUAUCCCUGCAGCCUCGCUGGUGACGCCCGCUGACGUGAUCAAGACUCGUCUACAAGUGGCAGCCCGGGCGGGACAGACCACCUACUCGGGUGUCAUCGAUUGCUUCAGGAAGAUCAUGCGGGAGGAAGGAUUCAGAGCUCUGUGGAAGGGAGCAGGAGCUCGUAUGUGCCGGUCCUCUCCACAGUUUGGUGUGACUCUAGUGACCUAUGAACUCUUACAGAGGUGGUUCUAUGUUGACUUCGGAGGACAUCGUCCUUCAGGAUCCGAUCCUACUCCCAAGUCACGCAUCUCGGAGCUUCCUCCCAUCAACGCUGAUCAUGUCGGAGGCUACCGUCUGGCUGCUGCCACCUUCGCAGGAGUGGAGAACAAAUUUGGCCUCCACCUGCCCAAAUUUAAGUCCUCCGGCUUGAUGUCCAUUCACCACCGAGAGCACACCACUCCCGCUCAGACCCCUUAGGAGCUCUGAGCUUCCAUAUCACUUCUCCAUCCCAGUCAUCCUCCUCCAGGAGUCGGGCACUUAUUUACUCCAACAAAAACACAAGCCCCAAGUCAGUGAGGGUGGGCCUAUUCAAGAACAAACCUCUGCCUGCCGCCCUCUCCUGGAUGAAGGUGGCGUGGUUCUCAGCCAACGCUUGCUGCAGCUGGUCACAGUGCUGACUGCUGCAUCGUGUUGUAUCUUCUCCUGGGGUCUCCAUCAUACACUCCAGAAUUCAUUUAAAGCAGCCUUAUGCACUCAUCUGUCAUAAGUAGAUCACAUUAUAAUUUUUGUUGUUUGUUUUGUCUGGUACUCUUUGAGUAGACCUCAGGCGCAGAAGGCGGUGGCUUGAUAGCUGUGUGUUUGGCGUGGGGCGUCUCUCACAGAAAGAUGAAUACUGUACAUAUUGUAAAACUGCAAUGAGACAGCUAAGAAAAUGUUACAAAGCGGUGUAACAUACAGUAUGCAUCAAGUAGUGCUGUACAUAUUGUACAACUGUGCUGAGACAGAGACGUAUCGACAGGACAACCAGUAUGCAUCGUGUAGUUACUGUACUGUUAUGGUCUACGAGAAUCCAGCUUACUGAUGUACAGACGUUUUUGUUCAUGUUUGCAUUGUAAAACAAAUUGGCGAGAAAUUAGGAAUUAUUGAAUUAAAAGCAUAUAAAUGCAGUCAUUUUAUUGAAAUAAAUCAUCUAUAUGGUUUUAAUUUUACAAUUACA